CGCGCCUUGAGUGUUUACCUUCAUGGAGCGCUCUUCUCGAAACUUUUUUCACGUUUCACUUAAUUAUCAGCAUCGAAAAGCAGAAAAAUGUGGAUACUGACACCCCUACAGCCUGAAGGUGAGUACCACUAUCUCCUCUCUGGCAAAGAGUACCUAGUGGGGCGCAAGAAUUGUGACAUCGUUCUUCCCAACGACCAGUCCAUCAGCAGGUCUCACGCUCAUCUAACUGCUUCUGAUCAGACCUUAACUCUAAAAGACACCUCCAAGUACGGCACAUUUGUCAAUAACCAGCAGCUGACAGCAGCACCUGUGGACCUGACGUCGGGAGACAACGUUACGUUUGGCGUUUUUCACAGCAAAUUCAGUGUGUUGUGUCAGAAACCUGUAGUGUGUUCGUCAUGUGUGGACAACGCCGGGAAGGCAUUGCUCUCUCAGGCCCUGCUAGCUUUAGGUGGAAAACUGGUGAACACCUGGACCCAGGACUGCACCCACCUGGCCAUGCCCACUGUCAAAGUAACUGUUAAGACUAUCUCUGCUCUGCUGUGUUGUCGUCCCAUCGUGAAGCCGGAGUUCUUCUCAGAGCUCAACAACGCAGUUCAGCAAAAGUUGCCACUUCCUGAAGCUGAGAGUUUUAUUCCUGAGAUCGAUGAGCCCAGCCUGAACAAGGAGGAUGUUAACCUCAAAACAAUCCCAGUUCGGAAACAACUUUUCAGUGGAAAGACCUUCAUUUUCCUCAAUGCCAAGCAGCUGAAGCGUCUGAGUGCAGCGGUGACUUUUGGAGGGGGCAAGAGUGAGCUGUUGGAGGAGGAAUCUCUGCCUCGCAACCUGCUGGAGUCUCCACACAGCUGUGUGGUUGAUGUUGCAGCGGGCAGCUCCCAAGUGCCAAGUGCUCCUCUCUCAGAGUGGGCAAACUCUGUGAGGAGCAUCAUUCAAAGAAAAGGCCGUCGAGUCAUCGUAGAGUCUGAAAUCGGUUUGGCUGCCAUCUACGCUUCCUGUGACAAGUACUGCAAUCCCUCCUGUCCAAUGACAGGCUCCGAUGAUGUGCAAAAAGUGAAACCCAGAAUCCCGAGUGCGUCACUGUCGCAGAACGUGGCCGUGGAUGAGACUGUGUUAGCCACAACGUCUCAGAACAUCACAGCUUACGCAGUCAACACAGAGCAGUCGCAAAGAACGGAGAUUUGUGAGAUGACGGGAGUGAUGGCGGUCGGAGAAACCCCUGACAAGAAGCAAACCCACAGCAGUCAGAUCCAGGGACCCAGGCGUGCAGCUCAGACGCCGACUACUCAGUGCAUGGUGCCAGAUACGAUAAACUCAUCGUUUAACGCUUCAGAAAACAAAGACUCUCAGAAGAAGAAACUGGACUCCAAAGUAGCAGGUGAAGGAGGUGUUGACAUUAGACCACUGCCGCCGUCUGCUUCAAAGACCAACAGUGGCAGAAAGUUCCCUUACAGGCAAUCUCCUCAGAAGCCAAAAACGUCUGCACAAGCUUCUCCACAGAAACAGUCGACUUUGAGCAACUUCUUUCAGCCUGUUAAGAAGAAAAGGCCUCUGGAGGACGAGCUCUCAGCUGUCAUGUCAGAACCAAAGCGGCCUGCACCAGAAUCAUCCAUCACUCUUCAGGCCUCACACACCCCAACCAUACCCAAGCAAAUGCCCUCAUUUAGACUCAGUGGUCCUGCCGCUGUGUCCCAGACUCCAGCUGGGUCGUCUGAUAUGUUUUUAGGACGCUCAGAAAGUAGAAAGAGGAAAGAGAUUGAAGAAGAGAUACAAAUAGAUGAACUGGAGUCCCUAAUGUCUGAGAAUAUGGACGACUUCGACGACGAACCAUCAGGCUGUCGAGAACAGCAGCAGAAGCCAGGAGUGCACAGUCUGACCAAACAGAAACAAGAUCAACAAACGAGGAAGAAGCAGCGCUCCGACCCAGAAGAAAAUGGAAGGAGCAAACGUAAGCCACAGAUGAGUCCAGGAGAAGAAAGUUUCCAAAAGAACUACAGUGAACGUACCGAGGAGCAUCUCGUCUCUGUUAAGACAGAACAGGUACACUCAGUAGACCAGAGGACAACUAAUCAGGGGCCCAAAAAAACCCCAGAAGUGUCUUCUGCCAGCAAGAGUAAAGACAUAACACCUCUCGAAGAUGAUGACGGAUCAUUAAUCGAGGAUGAAGAAUUACUUAAAGUUGAUAUUUGCCAACCAAAAGAAGAGAUCAAGGCUUCUCUUAAACCUGUUAUGAUCAAGCAGGAGGUUCAGGAAUCAAAGAUUGAUGAAGACCUUCCUCAGAAGCUGGUGAUGGUGGAGUUUAGAUCCCUCACUGUGACAGCUCCUCCUAAAACCAGACCAAAACAGAUGCAGGACAACGGACACAUCAGGAACUUCAAAUGUUUCCGCAAGACGUGCAUUACGGGUGCAGAUGGAUUCCCACACACUAUCAGGGGAUCUGAUCUGUUUGUUCACAACAAAGGCAAGAACUCUGAUCUGGAUGAAUGGUUGAAAGAUGCAGCUGAGGAGGAACGUCAGACCAGGCGGGAUGAGACACUAGGAGAUGACCUGUUCAGGUACAACCCCACGAAAAUAACAAAGAGAAGAUGAAAUAUCAGUAUCUUAUCUUACUCCAGAUAUGAUAAGUUUCACAGAAAGUAUGUAAGCCUGUGUGGAAGGAGUUCAGAAGUCUAUGCAUAACUGCUUGGAGUAUUUCAUCUCUAAAAUUGUUCUUCCAGUUCUCUACAAAUGUAUUCAGUCUUGUAUAAUUACAUCUCUGACAGCAGACAAUGUAAGAAAACAGUCAUGUUCAGCGUUUUCUCAAAGUUUUUAAUUGUCAUUAAUAAAAAAUAUACCAUACAAAACAUUAAAAACUCCUCAUU